AUGUCAUCCUCAGAGACCUACGAAACUCGCUACAGCCGAUACAAACGAUCGACUCGAAACGUGGCGAUAUGGCUCGCGGUAACCGACCUGGACUUCAAGCCCCCCAAGCAGGGCGAGUACAUCCUCACAGCGAGUCAGUUCGUGGAGCUGGCGAACAACAUCGUCGCCUGCAAGUAUGCAGACCACGUCCCCGGGCCGAUCGUCAGUGACCUUCGAUACACCAUCGACAGCCGUCGGGCCCAGUCCAAAUUCUAUCAAGAUGAGGGCUCGGCGUCGUACAAGUCUCACCAGCACUUCAUCCAGCAGCUCGAGCAACUUUACGAGACCUUGCGUCCUCUUAUACUAGACGACAAGAAGACACCUCUUGACGCAGACGAUGAACCUGACACGGCUGCGAUGGCGAAUCGGUUCGAUGGACUUAAAAUUGAAGAACCCUCGAAGGAGUUCCUGGAUGCUUCAGACGCUCCCGCGCGCUCCACCUGUCCUACUGAGAAUUUCACCGUCGAGGAUUCUACCGAUCGAGAGUUUGGAGUCCUCCUACUCCUCCAAGACCUCUGGUCGAUCCGUCAACCCACCCAGAAAACAUGGGCGGAUUACCGCCAGGGAAAAUGCACCCUCGAGGCCGCGGCCGUGACCACCGAUAUCGCGCUCCACGUCGCUGCGGAAAUUUUGCAUGAGGGCCUAAAGCCUUUCAGCGAGGACCUCCAAGGUUUCGACAAGAUCAUGACCAGUAUCCUCCAGGAAAUGUACCGCACUGCGCCGCAGGAUCGACCGUACUGGCACGAAGUGGUGAGGAACUUGCACAUGGUGGCGGAGACUCUACAUUUCGUCAUCGGAGGCUGGAAGGAGGAUAGUGAUGGCGUGCUGUCCGAGGGGACGGCGCCGGUCUUGGAUCUCAGCCGAGCCCUCGAUGAGAUGACGGACAACGAGCGAGGUGUUGUCGCCUUUGUACUGCUAAAGGAGGUGGUUCGCGAAUGCGGCUUGUGGGGCGUGCAUCACCCGCGUCUCUGUGCCACGAUGGACUGGUUCACCAUGAUGCUGGGCCACGGAUUGUCGCAACGCGCGAUUAACUACGAACUCGCAUUUGCCGGCCUUGUUUACAUUGACAUUCGUCUCGCGAUGGGUGCGGAGGUCGCCCAGCCCCGUCUGCAGCUUCAGGAGUGGACUCAGUCGACCACCGCUCUUAUCAAGCAACUCUCCAAAACAGGCGCUCCUGGCUUGGAACAACUGGAAGAUUUCAUCAGGAUUACCAAGAAGGCACUCGGGAAGGACCAUGUCAACGCUCGACGCGAGUCGCUCGGCAUCCCAACGGAACAACCCUUCGGACUCUUCUCGUGUCAGCCCCUGCUCGCCGGGAAACUGCUGUGGCUCUGGAAGGGCUCCCUGUAUCGACGCCUCCUUAUUUUGACCAGAUCCCGGGGUGUCCUCUUGGGGAUGUUCUAUCUCUACAACGCCGUCGCCUGCGAGGGCCUGCUGCCAGACGGUUGGACCUGGCCCGCCUUGCAGCAGCUGAUCGACACUCUCAAUCCUGUUUUCCUUGGAGGGAAGCUUCCCACGGAGCGUGCGCGGUACAGAUCCUCCCUGCAAUUCAGCCUCAGUCCGAAGGGCAGGGCGCGCUGGGUCGAUGAUGGCCUGAUUCCGCUGAUGAAUCAGAUGGUGAGCAGCUUGCAGAACCUCCAGCUGCACUGGACGUCCCAAGAUAUCCAGCGCGUGCUCGCCGACUCCAACAGGUCCACCAGCACAAAGAAGACCGACCAGGGUCCGCCGCCGCCGGUGUAUGAGGUCCUGGACCAGCUGCGCCGCAACCUCAAUCUCGAAGCCGAUCGACUCAGUCUACCCUGGCUGCAAUGCCACCUCGACGCCACCAGAAUUCUCCAGCAGGUUCUCAAGAACGAGAAAGAGAUCCGCAGGUCCCCACUUAUCUCUCAAGACGAUCUCCUCGUCGGCGUUGCGGUGGUGAUCUUUUCGCACAAGAAAGAGCGCAAGUUCCUGGGCAAGGUUGCGCAGAUUAUGAAAACUGUGCUUGAGUCGAAGUAA